AUGGCCAACAUCCACACCGUCGACAUCCAGCACCUCAAGAAUGGCGAAGUCAACCUCGGUACUUCCAUCAUGGCUGUCAAGUUUGACGGCGGUGUAGUCAUCGGCGCAGACAGUAGAACAACCACCGGAUCCUACAUUGCAGGUCUAGCCAACCGGGUCACCGACAAGCUCACACACAUCCACGACCGCAUCUACUGCUGUCGCUCUGGCUCUGCCGCCGACACUCAGGCUAUCGCCGAUGCCGUCCACCAACACGCCCAGGUCUACACCUCAGUCUACGGCCAAGCACCCUCCGUCGAGACGGUCGCGACUCUGUUUGAAAAGAUGUGCUAUGACAACAAAGACCAGCUCUCUGCUGGUAUCAUUGUUGCCGGAUGGGACAAGGAGAAUGGGGGUUCGGUGCUGAAUAUUCCCCUGGGAGGCGGUCUGUUUGAGCAGCCGUGGGCUAUUGGAGGUUCUGGAUCAACAUAUGUCUAUGGUUACUGCGACGCCACAUACCAGGACGGCUGGUCAGAGGAAGAGACCAUCACCUUUGUCAAGAACACUCUCGCCCUCGCCAUGUCCAGAGACGGAUCCUCUGGUGGCUGUAUUCGUAUGUGUGUGAUCACCGAGGACAAGGUGGAGAGACACUUUAUCCCUGGAAACGAGCUGCCGAGGUUCUGGGAGGGGGCGGCGCUUGUUGGGAAUGCGAAUGUGAGGAGCACGGCGGUGGCUGCAUAG